AUGACCAACUGGUUAAAAUCGUAUCGUAGAAAGAAACGACGUGAAGAACUUAUAGGGAAGGGAGAUUGGGUGUUGAGCUUGGUGUAUAGCGACGGUAUACCCAUUCCGAUACGCCAUGGUCACGUCGAUCUUCCUCCGACAUGCCUCAAUGAAUCGCCAAUCGGUGCACCAACAACCAGCCGUACAGAAGAACAGUCACUUUUUAGACGAAUGGUGUCACGUGUCCCAUCUCGUAACACUGUUCAAGAGGAGAAACCAGAGGUGGAAUGGAAGCGGCCGGAAAUUAUUUUCCGUCAUCACUCGGGAAAUUCACCAAACUAUGGCCACCUGAAAACUCCCAUGGGCAGUCAAUGGGAAUUCGAGAAGGUCGACGUGAUUGCGAUUUGCUAUGAUCGUUCAGAUCCCAAGGGCCUUCAGCAUGUCAUUCACAAGGUGUGUCUAUACUAUCAUUAUGAAAGAUAG